AUGGGGGCCGCGCCGGGCUCGGGCUGGGAGGAUGGCGAGUUCGAGUUCAAACUGGUGUUUGAGGAGGAUCCGCCUGAGCCGCGGAUUCAGGGGCCGUCCCCGGUGCGCGCGGCCGAGCUGGAGAGCUCCGGAGCCGGGGAGGAGAGUGAGGGCGCCCUGCUGCAUCUGGACUCCUCCAGCAGCAGCAAUCACGGCACUGACAACCAUUUAGCCGUCUCUCAUGCGGGACGCUCAAUCAGCAUCCCCAGCCCGCCGCCCUCGUCUAAUCAGCGGGCAGGGAUGCAUUCCCCGCCACCUCGGCGAGCCGCCAUCAGGGAGUUCAGUGGAACCUACGAGAGCCUGCCGGCACGCUCCGUUCAGGUUUCCGAGUCUUGUGUGGUCGAGUGUCCCAGCAUCCAGAUUACCACCAUCUCACCUGAAGAGGACCCCCUGACCAUUCCUGAGUACUGGGACACAGGUCGUAGUGGCGGGUGGGACAGAGAACGUCUCUACCUCCCCCUGCUGGACCCCUUUACUUACCGCGAAAGAUGCCCGGGGUCCCUCAGCCCGAGCCCCGCUUCCAGCCCCUCCUCCAGAGGAUGGCUAAGCCCCGCCUCCAGCUGCGACUCCCUGCUGGUGGAGGAGGAGGAGCUCAACGAAGCCACUAUCAAUUUCGGACUCUCGCCGUCCUCGAGGCCAACUUCACCCGGCGGUAAAAAGCGUAGAAACUCUCCUCUGGCCUCUCCCUGCACCUCACGAAGAGGCAGCUAUUCUGAGGAACCGCACACGUGUAACCUGGAGGGUGGAGACUCCGCCUCUCAGUCACAAGCACAGCCCAGCAGCUGCGACCUCAGCAUCCCCCAGAAAACCAGGAAGACAUCACUGGAGCAGUUGUCUCCGAGGGAAGUGGAUCAGGAGCAGACACCAGGCCACACCUCUCCGUGCCCACUUCCUGACACCCAGCAGACCCGAAGAGAGCCCCCACCCCUCAGCAUGGACUACCUUCCCGUGCCCCCCGCUCUGGCCUGGGGCAGAACGAGAGCUAGCGCCCACAGUCCUCUGUUCAGGUCCAACGCUCUGCCUCCACUCGACUGGCCGCUGCCGUCCCAGUUCGACCAGUACGAGCUUCGUAUCGAGGUUCAGCCCCGCCCGCAUCACCGAGCCCACUACGAGACGGAGGGCAGCAGAGGUGCUGUGAAAGCUGCGCUGACAGGACAUCCUGUUGUCAAGCUGUGUGGACACACGGAGAGGAAGCCGCUCUCGCUGCAGGUUUUUGUUGGAACAGCCGACGACCGCUCCAUCAGGCCACAUCCGUUCUAUCAGAUCCACAGGGUGACUGGGAAGAUGGUCGGCACGGCCAGUCACGAGAGCGUCCAGGCGGGAACCAAAGUCCUGGACAUCCCCCUGAACCCGGAGAACAACAUGACUGCACUCAUCGAUUGUGCCGGGAUUCUGAAGCUGAGAAACUCGGACAUCGAGCUGAGGAAAGGCGAAACGGACGUCGGGAGAAAAAACACGCGUGUUCGCCUCGUGUUUCGUACUCACCUCCCUCUGGCGCCCCCCAUGGCGGCCCCUGGACGGGUCUUGGCCCUGCAGGUGGCCUCACUGCCCAUCGAAUGCUCUCAGCGCUCAGCCCAGGAGCUGCCCGUCAUCGAGUCCGUCAGUCUCACCUCCUGCUCAGUGGAAGGAGGAGAGGAGUUGCUGCUGAGUGGGACCAACUUCCUGCCGAUGUCCAGAGUCCUUUUCAUGGAGAGAGGCACAGAUGGUAAAUUACAGUGGGAGGAAGAGGCACAGAUUGACCGUGGCAACAGCAACGAGUGCUUGCUGCGUGUGAGGGUUCCAGCCUACAGCGAUCUCUCCAUCAGUCGGCCCGUGUCCAUCAGUCUAUACGUCUCUAACGGGAAGAGAAAAAGGAGCAGCACUCAAUGCUUCAAGUAUCUACCUGUUAUGUUUAAAGAGGAGGAUCCGUUGUUGUCCCGGCCCUCGGCGCCACCUCUGGACGGGGGUUCUGUGUAUCCGGUGGGGGCUCCACCCGGGAUGGACAGAGGUUUCCACGUGUCAGACGAUCCAGGCCUUGGUUUCCAUUUGCCCCCCUACCCCUCUGCCUACUCCCCUCCCUGCCCGGCCAUCAGCUACCACGAGGAGUUGUGCUCCAAACCGGACGCCCCGGUGGAGGAGCCCGGUGGGUCCAGGGCGGCCCUGUCUGAGCGUCACCCCAGCUUUGAGAACCUGGAGCUGGGUUUCACUGAGCUCCUCCCCCCUCUGUACCCCCGUAUCCCACAGCCUUCCUCCCCAUCUCCGUCCCCAUGGCUGGACUCCCCCUAUCUGUCCUCCUCCCCCUCCCCGUCCCACUCCUCCUCUCUCAGUCCGUUUCCUACAGAAAGUCCAAUCUCAAACUCCCCCCUGCCUCCUGUUCCCACCUCACCCUUUCCACAGUGCUCCACUUAUCCCCCGGAGGUGUGUCCCUCCCCUCCCUCCAAUCCCUAUCAGGACACCUGCCCAGCACCUUACACCCACUACGAGGGCUGGGACCCUCAUGGGGCGGUGUUGGGCACCCGUCAAGCGGGGGAGGGGGAUGCAAAGAUCCAGGAGUGCCCUCUGGAGUUCACCACCUCUGCCUCGAUUCACCACAUCACCUUUGAAGAAGUGUCGGAGUUCAUCGGGGAGGACAUCCAGGCUUUUCAUUCGAGUUCGCACCUGAACAACCAACUGAACUGAUCUCAGAUCAGCUCGACGCCCGUUUGACGUUCAGCAUCGUGUUAAAGUUUCUGCACCUGAUAUAAAAAUGUGUUUGUGCAGCAGCCUGUAGCAGAGGACUCCGGUUACCAAAACACUUUUGUAAUUCAAGUUUUUAUCACA